AUGGACCACGGUGUGUUCUGGAGAGUCAGGACAGCCCCAGCCUCGGGUUUCGCCCAGCCUUCCUCCCCAACAAGUGGGAAGUCAUCUAUCGGGGUUGAGUUUGAGUCCCCACUUUUCCACCAGGACGCCCAGGUGCGCGGCGCGGGCCGGCUCGGCCAUCCCAGGCGCCGGCCGCAGGUGGCAGCACCGGCCCCGUGGGCCGCCGCCGCCGUCCUCCCGCCGGCGCUGUGCAGGCCGCCGGCCGGCAGGGUCCAGGGCCCGGCGCCGAGCUGGCCGGGAGCGGCCAGGCCACGCCCCGACGCGCGGAGGGCGCUGCCCUGCCGGGUGAAUCAUCGCCCGCGGCGGCCGCUCGCAGUCCCGCUGCCGCGCGCCGAACCCUGGCCGCGCCCUUGCGGAGCGCCGCGCCGAGCGGCCGCUGUGACCCACGCUCGCUCGCUGUGCGGCAGCGCGGGCACCGGGCCGACCAUGGCGGGCAUCGCGUUCAAGCUGGCGAAGGACCGGGAGGCGGCCGAGGGGCUGGGCUCGCACGAGAGGGCCGUCAAGUACCUCAACCAGGACUACGCGGCGCUGCGGGACGAGUGGCUGGAGGCCGGGGCGCUCUUCCAGGACCCGUCCUUCCCGGCCCUCCCGUCUUCCCUGGGCUUCAAGGAGUUGGGACCCUACUCCAGCAAGACCCGGGGCAUCGAGUGGAAGCGGCCCACGGAGAUCUGCGAUGAUCCCCCAUUUAUUACUGGAGGAGCCACUCGCACAGACAUCUGCCAAGGAGCCCUGGGUGACUGCUGGCUGCUGGCAGCCAUUGCCUCCCUCACCUUGAAUGAAGAAAUCCUGGCUCGAGUCGUCCCCUUGGACCAGAGCUUCCAGGAGAACUACGCGGGGAUCUUCCACUUCCAGUUCUGGCAGUACGGCGAGUGGGUGGAGGUGGUGGUGGACGACAGGCUGCCCACCAAGGACGGGGAGCUGCUCUUCGUGCACUCGGCAGAGGGCAGCGAGUUCUGGAGCGCGCUGCUGGAGAAGGCCUACGCCAAGUUUCUCCUGCUGAUCCUGUGAUUGUUUCAUGAUUCACUUGAAGAAAUGAAGGAAAAUACACAUAAGAACAGAGACAUUACCUGAGAUUGUGUUCUAUUUUAUCAACCCUCCAUCUAUACUCUGUACUGAAGCAAUUUGGAUAGAAGUGUUGCUGUUGUUGUGUGUGUCUGGUUUGCAGUCAGAAACUCCCAAAACUUCAUCAUUCAGCAGUUAGAUCCACAACUUUGUAUUAAGGUCUAAAUACAAGUCAGGGAACCCAGAUAAGAUAAGAGGAUAUAUGGUUCUCCCUCUGUAUUUGUGGGUAAUUGGUUCCAGUCGUCUCCCUCCCCCCCGUGCCACCCCAUACCAAAAUCCAUGGAUGCUCAAGUCCCUUAUAUAAAACGGUGCAGUAUUUACAUAUAACCUACGCACAAUCCUCCCAUCUUCCCCCGCACCCUCCUUUAUACUUUAAGUCAUGUCUAGAUUACUUAUAACACCAAGUACAAAUCCUAAGUAAGUAGUUGUAAAUAUAAUGCAAAUGGUUGGUGGUGUGCAGCAAAUUCAAGUUUUGCUUUCUGUAACUUUCUGAAAUUUUUUUCCCUAAAUAUUUUCAGUCCACGGUUGGUUGAAUCCACUGAUGCAGAACCUGUGGAUACGGAGGGCCAACUGUAAAUUGACUUAGAGUUGGCACUUCCCUGACAAUCUGGACAGAUGCUUAGUAAACCUGAGAUAAUUAAUUUAGCAUCAAAGUGAGUACUAUGAGCAUUAUUAGAUUGGUACAUGUUAGGGCAUUUGGGAGAACAGAAAAUACAGCGGUUGAGCUGGAUCCUGGUGCAAGAGCCGCUGUGCCUGACCCGUACAGGUCUCUAGUGGGCACGUCUUCCCAGUGCUUUCUCAUUGUUCAUUCCCCCCAGUGGAAAAGGGGGGCACUGUUGGACUUAGGAAGUUGGAGAAAUAGGUAAUAAUGCUUCUUUUAGUGAUUUAGUUACAGAGCUCUUACGUGCAACAGAAUGAGAGGAAGUAGAAUGGUUCUGUGCAUAGAUUUGGGAGCUAGACUGAUUAGGGAUUCAACUCCCAGCUCCAUCAUUCAUGGGCUGUUGAUCCUGAACAAAUUACUUAAGUUCUUAGUACUUCAUUUGUGUACUGCAUCUUAGUACUUUCUCAUCUGUGAAAGGGGGAUAAUGAUAGUACUUAUAUUUUAGGGUUGAGAGGAUCUAAAAGAUUCAAUCAGGUUAAGGUAAGUAAAACAAGGAGGAAGCAGCCAUUCAGGCAUGGAAUGGAAAGGGAAUUGAAAGACUAGUUUUCAAAUUUGUGUCUGCAUAAGAAUCAUCUGGGGUUCCUAUUAGAAAUGUAGAUUCCCAGGCUUCAGCUCCAGGAAUUGAGAUUAAUUUGGGAUCCAAGAAUUAGGUCUUUUUGUUCUGUUUUAGUAAACUUUUAGAAUUAUUUUAGGUUUACAGAAAAGUUGCAAAGAUAUAUCCAUUUUGCCCUAAUAUUAACAUAUUAUCAUAGCACAUUUGUUAAACUAAGAAGUCAACAUUAACGCACUACUGUUAACUCCAGACUUCAUUUGGAUUUCACCAGAUUUUCCACUGAUGUUCUUUAUCUGUUCUAGGAUUCCACAUUGCAUUUAGAGAAGCUUCAUUUCUUACAGGGACUUUCAGCCCAUGAGAGGCAGGUGGUCUGGAGACCACAUCUUGAGAAACACUAGGACAUGUCAAGGGCUGAGGAAGGUCAAAUUGCCCCAUCCUCACCACCAUCCUGGUGGUGGGGGUGUUGGAUAUAGAAAUUUGAAGAGUUGGGAUGGAAUCCUCUCCCUUAGAUGAGAGGGGUUACCUUAAGAAGUGAGGCAUCUGUUCCUAAUGCCAGAUGAAAUGAGUUUUGGAGUUUGGAAGGUGGGGUUGCUGCCUAGCCUGAGGAGAUACAUCUAGGGUUGUGGGCAGAUCAGGGGAGUGAGUGCAGCAAAUUGGGAACAACUACUUUGUGGGAACACAGGAGGGCUCAAGUAGUUGAUUAAAGGGGAUUACAAGGGGCCAGUUAGCCCGUGAGCCAUAUAAAUCCUGUAUUUCCUGGAACCUGGUGAUAGUGUUUUAGAAAUGGCUCACAGUAGUAACCAACAUCAAGCACUGCCACAUUGGACACGGGCAGAGAGUCAAAGGGUGAAGCUGAGAUGACCUUGUUGAGAGAGGGCAGUGGGAGGUGGACAAAACACUGACGCCCUGCGUUUGGAAGAGUCGGUUCCCACAGUGAGGAGAUCAAGGGCCACCAUCUGGGGAGCUAGAAGUAAAGGUCAGUAGAAUUGAGAACGGUAAGAUGAAGGAAUAGACGUUGUAAGAAAAAGCUGGCAGAGUAAUUUGAGGUCUUGAAGUAGAGAUCGACAUAUUCUUGAGGACCUUAGGUCCUGAGGCUGUCACUGACUUUCUCUAAUCACAUUCAAAUUAUUUAGCUGCCCUCACAGCAGUUAAGUAAUCACCUAACCUGUUCCUUUUUUUUUUUUUUUUUUUUUUUUUUAAAGAACAUUAACCUCUUCAUUUGACUCUGGAUUUCUCUUAAUUUCUAUACUACUUCACUUUCCUGGUUCUUUCUGCAUGUUAGAGAUCCUAAACCAUAAACUGGUAUUCAUAACA